AUGACGAGGUCGCAGCCAUCCAUUCUGCUGCUAUUGACCCUGAUGGCCAGCAUCCGACCAGGACAAGCAUUUAACUCUGUCGAUCUCUUCUCAAGAAGCUCAGGCGCAUGUCCCUCAUCAUUCACUCGCUGCGGCAAUACGAAACUCCCAAAUGAUUUUUGCUGUCCUUCAGACUCCACCUGUAUCAGUUUAGACGAGGGCAGCUCCUCCAUCUGCUGUCCCGCCGGUCAAGAUUGUCACUACAUCUCGCCGAUUACAUGUGACAUAGAGCAGCAGAAUGUCACUGGUUACCCGGAGAGUGUCAUCAAGACAACCCGUCUGGCCGACAGCCUUCCCAAAUGCGGCGAUGCAUGCUGCCCGUUUGGCUACACCUGCCAAGGGGACAACACUUGUUCCCUAAACAAAAAGACCUCAUCAACUGCAACAGAAUCUGUUUCCAGCUCCUCGACCACUACAUCAUCAUUGACAAUGGCUACAAGCUCACCAACACCCGAUACAACCAUCACACCCGUGCCGUCUCCGUCAUCCGAAAAAUCCGCAAACUCCAGCGCAGCACUAUCAACCUCAUGUUCCUCCUUCCCAGCUGGAGCUAUAGCAGCAGGCUUCUUCCCAGGCGCGGUCUUCGGUGCUGUCGCCGCCCUCUUAAUAACAUUCUGUUUCCGACGUGCCCGAAAAGACGAAUGUGAAAUACAAGAAGGCAAAACCGGACCUAAUUGGUCCCAGCGCUCUUCUUCCGGCGCAAUAUUAUACAUAUCGAACCCCAUACCCCAAGACGAUACCUCCUACCGUACAGACUUUCUCCGAAGCCCACCGCGAGCCAAGCGCUCUUCUAUAGGAGGACGCUCCACUCGCACGAUGAUCCACCGCACUAGCAGCAGAGUGCGGAGUCUAUUCUCCGGUUAUCCAAGACAAAACCCCCGACUAGACAACGAUGUGCCGCCUAUCCCUAUCCCAAACCCUAUGGCAUCGGCUCCGUUUACUCCGCCACGGCAGCGCCAGCCGAGUACGGAAAGCAUUAAGGUGUAUUCACCGCCUGAGUCGUCGUUCUCGCAGUCUCGCACUCUCUUAGGGCCUGAGCCCUUGGGGUACCCUGGUUCUGCCGCUAGGCCGGAUACUCUGUUUGGCGACCUGAUGCGGGAUGUUGGGGCUCCUCGUGAUGGUCACGGUAAGAGGAAGGCACCUUAUCCGACUAGUAAUGAUUCUCGGGAAAAUCCAUUCAGGGAUCCUGUGCGUUGA